UCUCCUGUCCACACGCAACUAUCAGUCUGCAGAUAUGUGAUGUGCACUGACUUUCGCGGAGACAGAUCGUGGCAUAUGGACGACCCAUUUAUUAAAGGCAUACAGAGGCAUGCACUAUUUACCCUAGGUGCUGUUGCUCUUGGUAACUUCGUUGAGAAGUAUAGGGCUGAUUAUCUGGCUGAAAAGGAUGCUGUUUUAAGACACUAUGUAGAGUUGCAUCCUGAAGAUUUCCCAACUCCAGAACGAAAGAAAUUUGCGGAGGUUUUCAACCGGUGGAACCCUGUUCGCUGAUACUUUUUUCACAUCCAUGUGAAAUUGAGUUACGUUGUAAGAAUAGUAGUAUGUUGUAUUAUAUACACAUCUAUGGUUAAUCAUCGAGAAAUGUACAUAUAAAUAAAAAUUUGUUAUUCUUGA